ACCACCCCUUUGCGUCUGAUCUGCGAACCCAUCCACAAUUGCGACGACUCUGCGCCAAUCUUCCCGACACACGCACGGCCUGUUUGCUCCUGUCUAGCGCUGCUUGCUUCGCAAUCCCUUGACCGCCAAGGCGCACGGUGACGACUGGCAUGGGGGAAAAUGCAGAGCCAAACAUGAAUCCCUCUGUGUCAAGGAGUGAUGGGCGAAACAUCCUGCCCUUAUCUGUGGUCCACCCUGCUUCCUUGGUCUUGUCAUGCUCGUUUCAUCGCUACACUCGCAGCAGUCCGAAGGACUCAACAUCAAUCUCGAGCUGUCUUCCAACAAUCCCUUUCGCAAUCGCACGGCGUCACCGUUCGACGACCCUCCAGCGCGACCCCUCUCGCGCAACCCUUUCCUCGACAACCCUCCGCCACCACUGAAAUCGCCCGGCGCCAUGUCGAACAACUCGGAAGGAACCAAGUCCCUUUCGGCCGAGGAGAUUUUCAACUCAUUGACACUCGAAGACGAGAAGAACCUCAAAGCCCCCAUGCGGCCAGCCCCAGCGUUGCCGACGGGCACUGACGGUGCAAACGAAGGGCCGGAGGGCAGCCGCCGUCAUCGACCAAACGAUUCCCAAGAGGAGGCUGCGAAGGCUCGGAGGGCGCCACCGCCUGGCGUGCGACAAGGACCUUCCGCCUCGCCUCACAAGAGACCACCUCCUCAGCAGCGACGACCACGUCGAAACUCCGAGUCCUCAGUUGCCGACUUUGACACCAUGCCCCUCACGGAGGACGAGAAACGCAUGAUAGCCCGUCGCCGCGAACGCGAACGCCAGAAGCGCGCAGAAGCUGGAGGUCGCCCCCCGCGUGAGGCUCGCGAUGCCCCCGAAGGAGGAGAGCGCCGUGAACGUCGCGAACCCCGCGAAACUCGUGAGCCUCGUGAGCCUCGUGAGCAACGCGACCCAAACCAGCGCAGCCGAUCCGGACGUCCCAAUAGACGCGUGGAUAUCAUUGAUCAGCUUGACGCCACCGGCAUUUACGGGACAGGACUAUUUCACCACGACGGGCCUUUCGACGCUCUCAACGCGCACCGUAAUCGUAAGGGUCGUCGGGCGCCGAUGCAAGCCUUUCCGGAGGGCUCCCUCAACAACUCCCUCGGUGGCUCUGGGCCAUUGAACAGACAGCCCGACCACUCGUCCUUCUUGGGCCAACACGGAGAGGAAGCAUUCACAGACUACUCGUACAAACCGGCUAAGAGCCGACAAGGGGCAGCGCAACUGUUCGACCCCAUAGCGAGGGGCGAGAUUGUUCACGGAGACCAGAGCGAAGGACUGGGCACCUCGACGUUCUUGGAGGGCACACCGGCAGCCAGGACAGCCAUUACCCGAACACUCGAGGAGCAGGCCCGCGACCAGGCAGAGACCGGGCUGCAGCGCAAGAAGUCGCUCGCCCAGCGCAUUCGACACAUCAACAAAGGCCCCCGAGAGUACCCAUCUGGUCGCGCAACCAACCCCGAAGGCGCCAAGGAGGCCACCAGCGCUGGAGCUGCAGAGGCUAACCCCUUCUUUGCAGAGUAUGGCAAAGGCGAGGAGACCUUCACUGUGCGCUCCCGCGAAGGCGCAAUGUCGCCGAGCAGCCCGCCCCGGCGGGGGUCUAGUGCUGCUCUGGAACGCAGGGCGACGGCCGACGGCGUUCUUGCCUUGGAGGAGAACAGCAAGCCCAGUGGCUUUCUAGGGAGGAUGAAGAGCUUGAAGGGCGGUCGCAGACCACGCAACAGCAACGCGGACAGCGGCCCGGCCAGUCCUCCUGCCAAUCCGGGAACUGCCAUUUAGUUGAAGAACAUGUCCCGGAACGCAAUCACACAUGGACGGCCGCCAUUAGAGGAGAUUGGAGAUGACGGCAUUAAGUUGCCGGAAGGAGAGCUGGGGGGCAAGAAAGGGCACGUGAAGAGCUGCAGCGCCUCUGGGUCUGAAGCGAGGCUGAACCCGGAUCUGCCUAGCGACGAGUCGCUUCGCAGCUCAAGUUCGCUCUCCUAGAAGGCCAGCCAGAGCGAUGGAUGGAUCUUGGGAGUGGAGAACCAGCGAGACUAUUGUUUGGGCCCUCUUAUGGAAGUGGACGAGGACACAUCGAGGGCAGCUGAGCUGUCGCGACGAUGAUUUCUUUUUUGGUAA